GACCUAAGAACGGCGGCCGGAGGCGCGAUCGGCUUCGCGGCGUCCAGACACGUCGGCGGGCGGGCGACACGGUGUAAAAGGACGCAGAUUCAUAAAGGUUCGACAUGAACGUGGGUGUAGCUCACAGCGAGGUGAACCCCAACACUCAGGUGAUGAACAGCCGGGGGAUGUGGCUGACUUACACCCUCGGAGUCGCACUUCUCCACGUGGUGCUGCUGAGUAUCCCUUUCUUCAGCGUUCCCGUUGUGUGGACCCUCACUAACGUGAUACACAACGCGGGCAUGUAUGUGUUCCUGCACGCAGUAAAAGGAACUCCUUUCGAGACACCUGAUCAGGGAAAAGCCAGGCUGCUGACACACUGGGAGCAGUUGGACUAUGGUGUGCAGUUUACAUCUUCCAGAAAGUUCUUCACCAUCUCGCCAAUAAUCCUAUACUUUCUUGCAAGUUUCUACACAAAGUAUAACAUGGUGCACUUUGUAAUAAACACCUGUUCUCUUCUGACCGUGCUCAUCCCCAAAUUACCGCAGCUGCAUGGAGUUCGGGUCUUAGGCAUUAACAAGUAUUGAAACUGAAGAGCAGCCACCAGUGCCAUAAAUUACCAUAAAUCACUUUACGUAAAGCGAGGUAAACCGAUAACUUGCUGACCUUUGUACCCUAGUAGUGUGUGCAAAUCAGAUUUGUAAAGAAUGCACAAUUGUCACUUUCAUCAUGGAAAUGGUAUUUUAAGAAAGACCACGUGUGCAUUAACUUUUGUAACUAUUUGAUGUUUGGCGAGUGAGGUGUGUUGGUGCAGUGGGUUUGACUGGGUCCUGCUCUCCGG